AUGUGCCAGAAGCUCUGGUUCCUCGGAGGCAGCAAAAUGCCCUCCAUGUGGCAUAAAAUAGGUCUGACUGGAGCUGUGAGAGAAGUCUCUCACUCAGCAAAACCCAUACAACCCUUCAGGAUCUUCAGGGUUCAAAACCACCACGAGACAGUGGCAGUUAGAAACGGUCCUUCUCGUGCCGUCUCCACUCAGCAGUGCCAGUGCUCCGCUGUCAGCUUUAGGCACCCGGUUCGGGACGUGGCGUACCCCGCUGGGAGUGCGGGCUGCAGCCUGGGAGUCGCUGAAGGUACUCCAAGCAGUGUGAAAAAGAGUGUAGUGUCAGGAAUGGCUUUUGGAACUUUCCCUAGCUUAGCCCCGUUAGACAGGGAGCGUAUCUGUGGAGGGAAAGGGCAGUUGUGUGAGAGAAGAACUGUUGGAGGUGGCUGGGAAGAAAUAGAGCAGUGCUGGAGGAGCAAGAGCAGAACUCUUGAGGAAGUCGAGGAGGAGCAGUUAGAGGCAAUAUUGUCUGCGGCUGUCCAGACAGGAUCUUUACAACUCCUGACUGGAUGCAUUAAACAUUGGACAUCUGAAAAGCAGCCGAAUUCUGCAGCAAAUUUACAGUUUAUCCGUGACUGUGCUUGGAAGAAAGUGGUCUACACCAAAGAUGAAUUUGACCACAUAUGUGUUCCACUGUUCGAUGGCUCAUGCCGCUUCCUUGAUCCACAAAAGCUACAGUCUCUUCAGCACUGCCAGUAUCUCUUGAACAACCUUAGCAGAGUCUUAAGCUGUUUUCAAAGAGAACCACAAGAACUUACUGAUAAAGACGUGAGAAAUCAACAGGUGCUGGCUAACAACUUUUCUAUGUAUGCGCAAAUGGUCCUCUGGUUCUGUCAAUCUGGUCUCCUUCCAGAGGGUUCAGACGGGACGAUGCAUUUGUCUACCCCUUCCUACCAGUAUCCUCUGCUCCAGACCCACUAUACCGGUGAGCGACAGCGACUGCAGCAUUUGUCAAGAGGAAAAUGCAAUUCUGACUGCCUCAUGAUCGAUGGCAUAGUUUCCUACGUAGGAGACCAACUUGAGAAAUUGUGGAAGAAAGAGAAAGGAGGGACUGGGAAAUAUCCCCCUUCCAGUUUACAUGCACUGCUGGAUCUUUAUUUAUUGGAAAGCAUAGAAGAACCCUACAAACAUGCGAUUGUAUCCUUUCUGGUUAUUUUAAAUGCACCUCCAGUAUAUGCACACAAAUGUUCUUAA